AUGAAGUGCUUUAUCUAAAAAGGAUUAUGAAUUAUGACACAGUGCAAUGCCUCGUGUUUUUGGGAGGAGAUCAAGGUCCUUGAGAUCUGGUUGCAACUUGGCCUAGCCUGGACUGGAUUUUAAUUUUUGUUUGAUUAUUUCGAGAAGAAAAUCUUAUCAAAAUCUGGGAAAGUCCUGUUUUCAAUUUUGUAGUUUACACAGUGAUUGUUUACUGUUUGCUGGUUUAUUGUAACUGGGUUGCUGUUGUUUUUCAAUCUGGCCCAUAUUUUCUCAUCUACAAUAACUUAAAUCGCUGAUUAUUUGAUUGUUGAAAAAUGUGUGCAAGUGUUUCAGUUACUCUUUAGUUUAAGUUGGAAUCGAAAAAAGAAUAAUAACUCGAAGAAAGAUGUCUGUUCAGCACCACCAACUUUCAAGUUCAAGGCAAAAUGAUGAACCUCCGUUUCAAAAUCAUGAAAGUGAAACUGAUGGAAGGACCAUAAAGGAUUCAAAUUCUAACAAUGCCAACGUUUCAGCAUCAGAGAACUAUUCCCGCAAUCAUGGUUUGUCUGUAAAACGCGCAGGCGAGAGAACUCCUAAACGCCAGUCUAGGAGAGUUUCCGAAGCAAAGUAUCCAGGAUCUGGGUCUAAAACUACGAGCAAAAGAUCUUUCCGAACUCCUGUACAAAUUCUCCCUUUGCUCCCAAGCAAUGAUGUGAGAAAAUCUGCCAGUAAAUCUUUCAUUAUGAUGCCAGAGACCGGUGACCAAGAUACUCCACGAACACAUAUUGAAGCAUUUUUGGCCAAUGUAAAUUCUGUUGAGGCCAAAACUGUACGAAAUGAACCAGGGCCCAGUGUUUCAGCUCAACAAUCAGCUCGGAGACAUUCUCCUAGGAAACAGAUGUCAAGAGACUCAUUCAAAGUCCCGACUUCUCAUUCUUUGCUGAGGAAAAGUUUCCCUAGUGUAGAUAUGACUCCGAGCAGCAAAUUGACUCCUCGGACACAUAUAUGGAAUCUGGUGAAUGCGGGUGAGGAACAAACUCCAGUAACUCGAGUAGCCGUUCCAGCUGAUACUUCUGCUCCCGACAAUGGGGCCGACUUGAGGACGCACAGUGGUCUUGGACAAGAGGUCUCCAUGUCUCCGAUCACAAAGUCUUCUGAAAGUGAAUUCAGGGAAGAUUUUUCAUCCAGAAGUGGAUAUCAGAAAAAGGCAGCUCGUCGAUCUUUUCACCUUCUGUCAGAUGAACAUGCUGAGACAGAACAGGGCCAGUAUCCACUGAGCCAGGGAGGUCAGGAAGUGCAUUUGUCCCCUAUGAGCAAUCUACAACAGAGUGAAAUAUUGGACAGCUCUGCUUCCCCUAGUGAAAGAAGCAAGAGAACUGCACGGCGCUCUUUCCGAAUUCCCUUCUCAGCAGACAUGGACCCAGUGUUAAACAAAACAACAGAAAAGAAAUUGACACCUGGACAAGAAGUUUCAUCUCCGAGAAGAAGUAACAGAUCUGUUGAAAACUGGAACACCAGUGCACUUCAUAGCAAGGAUAAAUUUUCCAUUUCUGAUACUUCUGCUAAAAGCAGUAAAGAACAGAACAAUUUGGAAGAUGCAUCUUUUGAAGAAAGAUCUGAAAAAGAUGUGUACAAUGAUUUACCUUCAGAUGAAAGGUCUUCUGCUGUUGUGGCUGAUGCUUCAAACAGAAAGAGAGAAGAGCAAGAAGUUUUAGCAGACGCAUCAUCAUCCGGAAUAAAAAAUAGAUCUGCUAUUAAGAGCAUGAACGCCAGUUCAUUUCAUGGUGAGGAUGAGCUUACAGAUAUGAUGGACAUUUCAAAGAAAAGCCGAAAGGAGACAAAUGUAUUGUCAGAUGCAGCGUCUCCAAGAAGAAGUGACAGAUCUGUCAAUAAUACAAACACCAGUUUAUCCAAUGGCCAAAACAGGUCUUUGAACCAAGCUGACGCAACUACCUACAAAAGCAGUGAAGGGCAUGAACUUUCAGCCGGUACGUCAUCUCCAGAAAGAAUGAACAGAUCUUCAAUGAACAGGAAAGCAGAUUCAUCUCGUGGCACAGACAGAGCUUCCAAUGUGUUUGAUGCUUUAAGCAAAAGCAAUAAAGAGCAGGAAUUUCUGGCAGAUGCAUCUUCAAAGAAAAGUAUUUACGAUAUCAGUGAUAAUAGCAUCGAGGAUACGUUCCGAACUCCAACAGCCAGGCAGCUGAAAAGAGGCCAGUCACGUGAUACUCUCAGUGCUUCCAGAUCUGUUGGUGAGGGUGCGAGAUCCACGCCAAAGACCUCGGGGAACAAAAGAAAACUAACUCCUUCAAGCACUCGCAUGUCUGACCUCUCUAAAAAACGGAAAGAAGGGGAUCAAUCAGAUAUGUUGGCCCUAGACCCAAGGUCGUCGACCCCCCUCAAGAGAUCAAAAUCAUUUUUCCACUCUACCAAGAGACAGAGUGCAAUGGCAGCCUAUUUAUCCAAUGCUGAAGACUUUGCUGCUGAGAAUGUCUCUAUGGGUGGCUUGCCAGACAUAAGUCCCAUCCGACCGUAUUCGAGGAGCGCUCUGGGUGGUGAUGGGGACCAUGUGGAAGCAGCUGAGCCAGAGGAGAUUCCAGAAUAUUCUUCAAGGUCUAAAGCGAGAAGUGUUCCUUCAGCCAGCAAAGAGCAAACGGAGAUGCAAGACGAUUCCACAGAUGAUGAACAUCUUGGGCAAUAUUCACCUCUUAAAACUCCACACAUUGACAUGAAUGUGAGGAAGGAAGUUUCAACCCUGCAUAAAAAACAAGGACGUUUGAGGCCAGUGAAUUUGAUUGAGAAUACCAACAUGCAAUCUAACCAGCCCAAGGAAGGACUGUCUCAGAAGCGGCGGGUUAGAAGAACACCAGACACCACUUUGCCUCGUCGAUCGGUGAAGUUUUUCGCCCAGAGACACUCAAGCUCGAAACUGUCCAAUGAUGCUUUGGAAGAAAUAGAGCAUGCGUCGGAGACUUUUUGGGCCAACACCUUCAAGGCUUUGGAAGUUUUUGCACUUCACGCUGGAAGAAAAACGGUCAACGAAGAAGAUGUUAUUCUAUUAAUGAAGACCCAAGGCAUUGUCAAUAGUACCAGAGACCUGCACGAUCUGAUCCGGGAGUACCUGCCCAUGGAACUGCGCUCAGAGCUGAUUCCUGUGGCCAAGCCCUAGUGCUGGAACUGGCAAGAGAUAGCUCAUUUCCUGUUUUAUUCCAAUGCUUCAUCCCCACCCCCCAAAUAUACACAUAUUUACUCUUACGCUUUGUGUCUAUACUAAAAACAUUAAAUUUCUCAGUCAUGAACAAUUGAAAUGAAAAUGCAUAGAUCUACAUAGAUGAAAACAGAAUUAAGCCAUGAAAUGAACUUUUUGUUUCAGUUUUUUGGGGGGUUUUUUUACAGUUUCAUCGCAUACAUGGAGCUUUCAAAGGCAUACAUACAGUCGUAGUUGUCUAAGAUGGCCACCUAUUAUCAAAGGGAAAAUUGGCCAUUUUACAGUGCCAUUAUAAAGUAAAAAAGCAAAUGCGGAAAAUGGGAAGUGACCGUUAGUACAUGUUAUUGUCUCACAAAGGUGGCCAUUAGAGCAGGUUUGACUGUAUAUCAUGUACAUAAUGAUAGACUUUUCCCCACGCGUUUGAUACAAGCAGCCGAAAAUUUCAGUCACUUAAAAAAAUUACUUGUCACUCACCACUCACCGCUGACCUCACCGAAGAAGUCAUGUGGCGUCAUUCAAGUGCUGCUUCACCCUUCGUGCAAGCCGUUCGUAAUGUAAUGCACUUGUUCAUUAAUUUUGUCUUCCAUUCGCCGUUGGACGGACUAUGAACAAGUGUCAACUAUUAUAUUCCUGCUUUUUUUAAGUUUGGAAACGUUAAAAAAAUUAUGGCUACUGAACUAUAAUUACAACAUUUGGAUGAGGCAGAAACUGACAUCAAUACGAGGCUAAUUUAUCUCGUCAAAGAAUGUCCAUUUAUUUACAACGCCAUAAUAGAUCCCUUGUUGUUGCUUGUUAUUUUUGUGACAGAAUUGUUAACUCAGCUAAAAAGAGUACAGUGAAACUCGGAUUCAGCGAGGUCGCCGAGCCUGACAUAAAAUCUCGUUGAAUCCGAGUGUUCGUUAUAGCAAACACGAGGUUUUAUGUAGAUAAUUACAGGCUUUGAGCAAAUAAUGUAUAAAGAGAAGUAACAAGUGGUGCCUUAAAUGCCUCCAUAUUAUGAACUGUGAAAAAACCAAUUCGUUCAAAUGCACGCCUGUGUCAUCUCACUUGUUUGCCAAAAAGUUGUGUUGCUGUUUAGAGCCUAGC